UCGGAGCAGCAUGGAGUGGGAGCUGAACUUGCUGCUCUACCUGGCGCUCUUCUUCCUGCUGCUGCUGCUCCUCGUCCUGCUGCUCUGCCUCGUCCUCAAGCAGCUGAAGAACUCGGUGGGCAGCAGCGGGGCGCUGCAGCCGGGCCGCCUGUCCCUGCGCGAGCCCUGGGGCUUGUGCCGUGAGCAGGCGCUGUGAGCGGGGCUCGGCCCGGCGCCAGGUGGGUGCGCGCCGGAGCGGGGCCGCUGCCCCUCCGCCCGGCCCGGCCCGGCCCGGCCCGGCGCGCCACGGGCCCUUGGAAGGGCGCCGCCGUACAGCGCUCGCCCUCUCUAGAGACCCCCUGCCCUCCCUGGGGCUCCCCGCCCCGCCCCACACACUCUUUGGCAGCUGGAGCACACCUCUGGCAUUUUUGGCGCAAGUCAAAAAACCCAGUGGGCGCUCCCUGAGGGCUGGCUCGGAGGCUAAAAGAAAGGGUUGCAAGGUGGUUUGCUAAGGGGCUGGGUGGGGGGCGCACGGGAAAGGCACUGGUGGAGAGGUGCAGGCAGGCCAGGUCGCGGGUUGAAUGCUAGUUUGGGAAAGGAACGGCACGCCUGGCUAAGCAUUUUGCUCUGCACGCUCGCAGCCGCUCCAGGCCCUUUUAAUCCUUAAGGUCAUUGAAGAGGCUAGUCACCUGCGAGUGGAAAGAGCCGUCUGCCCAUGGGCAGCGCUAGUGCGUUGUGCCUGCCUCCGCUCUUAGGGGGCAGCAGCAGAGAGGAGGCUUCUGCACGGUGAGACCCCGCGGACGGUUCAGCAGGACAACUUCCAUCACAGACCUGUUUGACUCCCCCCUGGAAAAGGACCAACUGGACUGGGCGCUCCCUUGCUACCAAGGGAAAAUCUGAAGGCGAACUCAACCUGAAAAGACUUUGGUGAAAAAAAAAUGGGUCUGAUUCAUCAGGGAAACUAUUGGGAUUCACAUCAGUGUUACUGCAUUUUCCUAUGAAAGAGGGGGCACGCACGCAUUUUGCCAGAAUGGUACUGUACCCACUACGUCUUCGACUGCACUAAGUAGAAUUGUAUCAUGUGUUCCUUGGGUCCAUCUGAAAUCACAAGCUGCACCCCAUGAAGAACUUACGGUUGGAGCAAAGAUCUCUGCUCACUCCUUAUAGCCCAGAUUUUGGCUACAGCACAAGUCACAGCAGCUUAUGGGAUCGUGGAGUGGUCCUCAAGAGCUUAUUGUGCUGGCUGGAAAUCACUGGAGCGCAGGUGAAGCGCCUUUGUUUAUCCACACUUCCAGCUCCUCUCAUGGGGCUGUGCGCUAAGGGGGUGGCAUAGAGUGAACUACUAGUUUUAUGAUUUCCCUGUGAGAUGGUAAUAUUCAGUUCCCCAUUUACAGGUGCUUUCUUUAUGGGUCUUUUGCAGGAUUGGUAUCAGGAGUGAGGAUCUGACCAACCAAGUUCCACGAGAAUAAGCAUUCAAAUAAGUUGCCUGAGAAUAGGGUCCAAUGCUUUUCCCCUUGGUUUGAAAGGCUGUACUGUCCUUCUACCUGGUACCAUACAAAAUUUACUGAAAACAAGGUUUGUGAAACAACUUUUGGCUUGAUGAGCAGUAUCUAGACCCCUACUGUGGUCUGGGAAGCAAAGAGAAAUGGCUCAAAAAUGCAGUACAUUAGGUUUGAGUUUACUGAGCCAUCAUCAUGGCAAUUAGCAGAGAGAUUGUACUUCAGUAUUUUUUCACUACUUAGGGACAGCUGUUGGGCAAGUAGUUAAAACAUUUCAGUGAGUCCGUGUCUUGUCAAGUGACCAUAGUUUUGUCCUUACACAAAGGACAAGAGAAAAUGUAAUUAUCAUUGCAGAUAGUAAGAAUCAUUUUCUAAAUAUAGUGUAAAGAAUGUGUUUUAUCAAAACAUUGUAAAGUCAGUGUUCUUUUUUUACACGUUUUGUUCUUGCAGGUUACCCUAGAUUACAUAUACUUACGUGAGCCUUUAGGGUCAUGUAAUACAGGUUAGUACAGUGCUUUGCUUUGUAGAUGUAUUCAUUGACUGUCAUUUUUGUAAAUUACCCAGGAUUUUUUUUAAUCCACAGUAAAUUCUGCCUGCUGUGGGCACAGUUAAAGUUUCUAGCCACUAUGCAGCAGGGGAGCAAGUUUGUAUUAAGCAAAGGGUUAAGCCUGAGGAUGAAAAUGAAGGUGAGUGGACACACAGCAUGGUGUGUACACCCAUAAAAUACAUUUUUCACUGUGCUAACAUCCCAUUGUACAAAGAAGAAUCUUACCUGGAUUCCAGUGAUUUACUAAGCGGUAGGGCUGCGUGUCAUUUGUCUACUCCAUUUUUACUGCAUGGCUGUUAACUUAUGUUCUGAAUGUGCUAGACUAAUGGUGGGACAUAUGGGUUGCGCUCCCAUGGAGUUCUAAUAGGACUUGAAAAGAGCUGACCCUCCGCAAGGUAAGUUCUGCACCUGGGGAGUUUGAUAAUACAUAAACCCUUCUUUCCAUGACCCUCCCUGGGCUGCAGCUGUUCCUGCUGGCCUCAGGCGGUUCAGGUUCCAACCCCCUUUACACUUGCCUGUGUAUCGAGCCCGCUGUAUCUUCAAUUUGCCGUGCAUAGUUAACUGUGAAAUGAAUCUUCAGUGAUGUGGUAGCUGGCAGUUAGUUACACGAUAAUGUAGUUAAUGCAUGCCCUGCACAUUACACAGUAGCUGGGAGCAGAGUUACUACAGCACUCUCCACAGUAUUGCUGUGGACCAUAUCUUGUACAGAUAUUAUCGUGUUAGGGACUCUUAACUGUUUGCCCAUGGAAUCAUGAAGUUUUCUUUAGGUUACUCCCUAGAGAGGGUUUUGUUUAACCAUCCUUCAUCAUGUACUUCAGGUAACGGGAUUUGCCCCCUCUCCCUUAAUCAGCUCAGGAGAGAUCAAGAGGUCAGGGCCUUAAAUUUCCACACUGCCUAUUUCUUUCCAACCUGUGGCACCCAAAUGAUGGAGUGUUUGCACAUGCUUGGGAAAGUGAUGAAUGAACAGUAUGACAGCAGUAUCAGUUUUUGCUUCUAUGACUGCUUACCCACAUAUCUGCCAUGGUUUCCUGCUUUUUGUCUGUAAAGAUGGAGGGGUUGAUUUUUGACUCUGUGUUACUGUACUGACUUAAAAUACAGCUGAUGCUUGUGCUUUCUCCAUAUAAACAUCAGUGCAAUUAGCAUUGUGUAUUUUGCAUUAGCUGAAAGAGAUCACUUUUAUGCCUUGUUAAUUAUGCAAAAAUGAUUAUUGAAGUAUUUAAAAUAGUGGAAAUGGCUUACUGUUAUAUAUUUUAAUAAUAACUUUUUGCAG